UCAUUUUCCCAUCCUCAAAGCAAUCCUGCUUAUGAGAGAUUUUUUUUCUCCCCAUAUAGAGAUGAUUGGUUCUACAAAUCUUAUAAUUCUUCUAGAGGAUGAAACCUUUGCUGAUUUUUUCAACACAUUUCUUUCUCUCCUAGUCUUUGGUCAGACACCAUUUUACACUCUUGAAAAUUCAUAGUGGAGCUUGUGGCCAGAAAUACCCCAUGACUUGAUUGCAAAGUACAAAGGAUUAUUGACCUGGUUGGAAAAAUACCAGUCACCUUUCUUCUGUAAAACCAACUUGUGUUUCCAUUACAUUCUCUGUCAGGAGUUCAUCAGUUUCGUUCAGUCCCCAGAAGGAGGUAAGCCGGCGGGUGUGUGUGGGGAGAAACCUGGGCAGCUAGGUUGCACAGCAUCCCAUGCCUGUCAGUCCUACAGUAAGGUACAAAUACGGGCUGCCUUCAUAGCCUUAGAUGUACGGACACAAAAACAUUUGGAAAAAUUCAAAAACCUCACCAUUCCACAUCAUUUUCAUCCUUUAUCUUUCUUUCCAGAGGCCCUUCUGAACCUUUCUGUCUGGCAUCCCAACCAGUCAACCACCAGGAGGGAAAUCCUGAGUCACAAGCAAAAAGUGGCUCUGUUCAAACUCCAGAGCUAUUGGCUCCCAAACUUUUAUACCCACGCUAAGACGAUCAUGGCCAAGGAGGAAUCGUGCCAGGCUCUGAUGCAGGAAUAUGAGACUCGCCUGUACAGUAUCUGCUAUACCCACGUAGGAGGGCUCCCUCUGAGUAUGAGCAUCAAGAAGGGGCACCACCCCCAGAAGCGGUACUCGAGCGGGAAGGCCAAGAGGAAGAUGUGGCAGUUGACAGACCAGGGAUCUUGGUCUCUGGAAGUGAAUACCAACCCAGAUACCAACACUUUGCUCCCCCAGGAGCUGUUUCCUCAAGACAAGUUGGUUAUACAAAUGCUUUCCCCGAAAGAGACCUCUUUAAAGGAGAGAAUUAUCAGUUUCCAGGAAGAGGAUAUUCUCUGUGCCAAGAAGUCCAAUGUGAAGAACAAAGCCAAGAGCCACCUCCACAUGGAGGGCCUCUUUGAGACAUCAUUCUUUACCCACCUGAGGACUGUCACCCCCAUCAUCAAUUACUCCCCCCACAUGACAAUUAAGAAGGCCGUGGAGCAAAACCUCUCCUUGGGGUACACCCACUGGGCCUUGUGUGCUGAUGUUGCAGGGAGUCCCAUUUGGGACCACCUGAAGAAGCAAAAUUUGAAAGUGGAGGUCCAACUCCUGGACCUCUGGCAGGACCUGCACGAUUUCCUCAGUGUCCUGAUGAGUAACAGAAAGACUGGGAAAGCCUUCCGGCACAUGCUGGGCAACCGGAUCUGUGAGCUCUACCUGAAUGAGCAGAUUGGUCUACGCCUACCACUAAAAUCCCAAACCAUCAAAGGCCUGAAGGAGCUGCUGCCAUCUGGGGAUGUGAACCUCUGGAUUCCCAGAGCCCAGAAGGAGAUCUGCAAUGUAGGCCAUGCCUCACAGAAAUGGGUUGGUAUCUGGAAGAUUAGGUCAAGACUGACCAAAAAUCCUAUCUGGUCAUCUAUCCUGGCUAACUUAAUGAUAUAACUACCCACACAACACUUUCCAUAUUGAAGAGUUGGUUGAUCACUUAGGAGCAAGUUAUAUAAAUUCCCAAGAAGCAGCCAAAACUCCAAAGUAGGAUGGAGGCGGAGGAGUGGUCUUCAAUUCCCCCUUAUACGGAGUCAUCCAAAACUGUGAACCUCGGACUGUUCUAUUGAGGGAAGUUUUAAGAACUCUGUUCUAAACCUCAUGUACUGAAAUACAGGGUCUCCGUUUCCUAGACUAGCCGUCACGGAAAUGGCCAAAUGAGAGGGUUUAUUCUUUAUUAUUAUUAUUAUUAUUUUUUUGCGGUACGCGGGCCUCUCACCCCUGCGGCCUCUCCCGUUGCGGAGCACAGGCUCCGGACGCGCAGGCUCAGCGGCCAUGGCUCACGGGCCCAGCCGCUCCGCGGCAUGUGGGAUCCUCCCGGACCGGGGCACGAACCCGUGUCUCCUGCAUCGGCAGGCGAACUCUCGACCACUGUGCCA